AUGCCUGGAUGUUUAAGAAUGACAUCAGCUCAGGAGUUGAUUUUGGAUAAGAAUAGGUGUUUUUAUGUAUUUGCAAUGCAGAGGGAUCAUUCCAAGAAGAGAUUGGAUAGUCAUAACUUUGAACCAAAUGGAAUUAGUGGUUUGUAUGGGCAGCAUAGUGUGAAGAAACUGAAGACAACUAAACAAUCCCUUGAUAAUUUUGACAAUGUUGCUCCAAUAACUAAUUCUAUUCCCUCCCCUGCUGCUUCACAAAUGAGUAACAUGUCUAAUCCAAGUAAAUUUAUUAGAAUCAUUAGUGGUGGACGAGAUAGGGGCAGGAAAGCCAAAGCACUUAAGGUUUCUGCGGGACAGCAUGGUUCUGGAACUCCAUGGUCACUAUUCGAAGACCAGGCUCUUGUUGUUCUGGUGCAUGAUAUGGGUCCAAACUGGGAGCUUGUUAGUGAUGCUAUUAACAGUACUAUACAGUUCAAGAACAAGGCUAUGGCCACCAUGGUGGUAUCGGGUGGCAUUUUGGAGCACCUCCUCUAUUUGCCAUGUCACCUUUUUUGGCAUAAUCUGCAAUUAAUAUCGCUGCCUGCUAUUCAUGUGGCGAUGGGGCUGAGGGGAUACUCAUUGAUUACUGAUGGUGGUAUCUUCCACCUGAUGGAGAGUCAAGUGGAAGACAAGAAUGACUUAUGUAUCUUUCGGAAGCCAAAAGAGUGCAAGGAGCGUCACAAGAUUUUAAUGGAUAGAAGUGCUGGGGAUGGUGCAGAUAGUGCUGAAGACUCGGGAUCUUCUCAGUCUUAUCCGUCUACGCUGCCUGGAAUUCCGAAGGCAUGUGGUAGUGCCAGACAGUUGUUUCAGCGUUUGCAAGGACCAAUGGAGGAGGAUACUCUGAAGUCACAUUUUGAUAAAAUUAUCAAGAUUGGGCAGAAGCAACGUUUGCACAAGAAUCAGGUAACCUUUCGAGAAGUGGCCUUUGCCAUAUCUAUUCUAUUGAUUUAUUUCCUGGAUGAUUCCAAGAGUGCAAAUGAUAACCAACCAUUAGUACCUGUCCAUAAUUCGCAUGCGAAUGCUCUUUCCCAAAUCUGUCCGAACAACUUGAAUGGGAGUAUUUUAACGCCACUUGAUCUUUGUGAUACAAAUCAAGCAAUCCCAGAUGGCCUUUCCCUUGGGUAUCAAGGCUCUCAUACUGGUGGUUUACCUAUCUCAAAUCAUAGUUCUGUACCAUCAGUGCAUCCUUCAGGUGGGCUGAACUCAUCUAUUCCUUCGUCUUCUGGUAUGAGUCUUAGCAAUAACUUAUCAUCAUCUGGUCCAUUGCCAGCCUCUUCCAGGGAUAGUAGAUAUGGAGUUUCACGUACUCCACCUUUAUCAGUUGAUGAACAGCAGAGAAUACAACAAUAUAAUCAGAUGUUAUCCAGCAGAAACAUGCAGCAAUCUACCAUGUCCAUUCCUGGGUCACUUUCAGGAACUGAUCGGGGUGGUGCACGAAUGUUGCCUGGUGGUAAUGGUAUGGGCAUGAUGGGUGGGAUCAACAGAAGCAUUGGAAUGUCUAGGCCAGGGUUUCAAGGAAUCCCAUCAUCAUCUAUGCUUAGUUCUGGGGGCAUGCUUUCUUCUAGUAUGGUGGGGAUGCCAAGCCCUGUAAAUAUUCACUCUGGAGUUGGUGCCGGACAAGGCAAUUCAAUGCUGAGACCACGGGAGAAUGUACACAUGAUGAGGGUGAGUAGAGUUCAUAUUCUCUCAGAAAUUAAUUGGGGUUCAAUUGAUAACAAUUAA